AUGUCUGGCUCUGAAGAAACCAAGGUUGUCACUGUGCCCAUUCCCGCCCAAGGCGCUUUCGCUGCCUUCAAGAUUGACCCCAUUUCGACUCUUCCGCCGGACAUGCGCAACGAUGCCGAAGCAGUUGCUGCGUGCCAAAAGCUGGUCAACAAGUCGUAUAUAGGACUGGUGGUCAAACGGCACGGCCUUUUUCAACAUUGGGCGCCUUAUAACGCGUGCACUUUCGACUUUUUGUUACCAGGUAUGCCAAUGAACAUGCCAUUGGCUGGAAUAGAUCCUUCAAUGUCACUGCCCGUUGAACCAAUGACCAUCAAAGACCACCCUGGCUAUCCUCCGCUUCGGCCUUCGAAUCCUCUCCCCUGGAACGACUGCUAUAUAUCUCCAUUUUGGCGGGUGGAGCUUCGUUCGCCCACCGUUUAUGAAAGCUCGGAAAAGGUCCAUUUCCGGAUCAGUAUCGAGGAGCAAGCCCGACGGCAUACGUUCACCAACGAGGUUUUCAUGCGGCACCAAACACUUCUUCUUCAAAUGCAUCGAAAUAACGAAGCUCACGACUGUGGUGAUGUCUGUCGCACUUUUCUGACCGAGCCAUACUCUGCUCCGACGAGCCCCACCGGGUCUAAUCAUUCUGAAGACUGGGAUGAAAACGAGUCUUCAGAGUACUUCUCCGAGUCAUGGAGUGAUGGCGUCUACUCAGACGAAUUAGAAGUCUUGAAGCUUGACUUGAAACAACAGAUGUUCCCGGAACUGGAUCCUUCUGCUGUUUUGAUGGUUACUGGCACAUUCACACACGAUCUCGAGACACUGGAAGAGCUGAUUCAUCCCGAGGGCUUCUACGAGGAAGCGUGGUUACUUCGACGCAUCAUUGAUGAGGCACAACCACGAGUUGAAGCUGCAAGACUUCGUGCGAAAGCCACAGCUGCUGCACAGGACGCAGCCGACUUCGAUGCAAAGACCGAUGUAUUGACGAAAGAAUCAACAGCCACCAAUGCGCUGUCCGAGUCGACGAACGACACAGUGGCAAUACUUCCGAUUGAGAGCAAAGAGUUUUCAUUGUAG